AGCUCGGCCUCCUCAUUCUCUGAGAGGCUGUUGCAACUGCUUUUCUGUCCUUUCCGCCGCGGCUCCCUCACAAACAACUGUCAGAAUGACUCAUCAGUUCCCAUCCCUCUCUCCGGAGCAGAAGAAGGAGCUCUCUGACAUUGCUCAGAGGAUCGUGGCUCCAGGAAAGGGAAUCCUGGCUGCAGAUGAAUCAACAGGCACCAUGGCAAAGCGACUCCAGAAAAUCAACGUGGAGAACACUGAGGAGAACCGACGCUGCUUCCGUAACAUCCUCUUCUCCGCUGACCCCUCGAUCUCCAACUGUGUGGGCGGAGUCAUUUUGUUCCACGAGACCCUUUACCAGAAAGCAGACAGCGGCAAACUCUUCCCCCAAGUCAUCAAGGACAAGGGCAUCGUUGCUGGCAUCAAGGUCGACAAAGGUACAGCUGCUCUGAGUGGAACAGAUGGAGAGACCACAACACAAGGACUCGACGGCCUCUCAGAGCGCUGUGCUCAGUACAAAAAGGAUGGCUGCGACUUUGCCAAGUGGAGGUGUGUGCUGAAGAUCUCCGAAAGCUGCCCAACAGCUCUUGCCAUCGCAGAGAAUGCCAAUGUUCUCGCCAGAUAUGCCAGUAUCUGCCAACAGAACGGCCUGGUGCCCAUUGUGGAGCCAGAGAUCCUGCCUGACGGAGACCAUGACCUGAAGCGCUGCCAGUAUGUCACAGAAAAGGUGCUGGCUGCGGUGUACAAGGCUCUGUCUGACCACCACGUGUACCUGGAGGGCACUCUGCUGAAGCCCAACAUGGUCACUGCUGGACACUCCUGCACCGCAAAGUUCACCCCUGAGCAGGUUGCCAUGGCUACUGUGACUGCUCUGCUGCGCACUGUGCCUGCUGCUGUGCCAGGCAUCUGCUUCCUGUCUGGAGGCCAGAGUGAGGAGGAGGCUUCUCGCAACCUGAGCGCCAUCAACCAGGUGCCACUCCAGCGCCCGUGGAAGCUGACCUUCUCUUACGGCCGUGCACUGCAGGCCUCUGCACUGGCAGCCUGGAAGGGUAAACCUGAAAACAAGGCGGCUGCACAGGAAGCCUUCUGCAGCAGGGCCAAGAUCAACGGCCUGGCUUCCAAAGGAGAGUACAAGCCCAGCGGCUCGGCUGACCAGGCCUCCAUGCAGUCUCUGUACACGGCCAGCUAUAUCUAUUAAAUACUGUGAGUGAACGUUAUCCAAACAUGUGAGACGACCAAAUAUGUUUCCUUCUUCCUGUUAUGUUUGUUUACUCGGUGAAAUGACUGGAAAUAAAUUAAGUGACCAAAGUA